GCACGCACACAAACCCUCGAUCCACAAGUCUCUAAUCUUCUGUCCUCCGUCCAGAUCUGCAGACUGGCCGGCGACGGCACUGCAGGGGCAGCGCUCCAAGAAGAUGAGGGACACGGAGAGGAGCCCGGUGUCACAGUUGUCCGACGACCUCCUGGUCGAGAUCAUCUCACGCGUGCCCUACAAGUCCACCCGCUGCUGCAAGUGCGUCUCCGCGCGGUGGCGCGACCUCGUCUCCCACCCGGACCACCGCAAGAAGCUGUCCCUGUCGACCCUCGCCGGCAUCUUCUACCAAACCUUCAGAGGGGAACGCUUCCCAGCUAUGCUUUGUGGUUACCAAAGCGUGUCAGGGAACUGGUGCACUAGCAUGGACUGCUCCCUCUCGUUCCUGCCCAAGUGCAAGAGAGUUAACAUGUACCUGCUGGACAGCUGCAAUGGCCUGCUCCUCUGCCUUUGCUGGAACCAACCUUCUGAUGUCAAUGGAUUUGGUUACGUGGUGUGCAAUCCCGUUACUGAGAAAUGGGUGGCCCUACCUGCCACCACCUCGUCCAGCAAGGGUCAUGCAGGCAAGAAAAAAUUGGGGGUCUACUCCUCCAAAACUGGAGUUUGGACACAUGGAGUUGUUUGGGACAAUCCACUUUCGGUAUCCCGUUUCCCAAGAAGCAUAUUUUUCAACAGGAUGCUGCAUUUUUCUUCAGAUAAUAAUUUGGUUGUAGCAAUUGAUGUGGAGGGAAAUCACAGGGUCAUUCGUGGCCCCAUGCCAGAUUCUGCUCGUGGUGUUCCUAAUGUUUAUCUAUCACGGGGACAAUUGCAUUUGGCAAAUGGGAGUGUUUCUGAACUCUCAAUCUGGGCUCUUGAAGAUUUUAGUAGUGAAAACUGGACCCUGAAGCACAGCGUUAGCCACUUACAACUGCUGGGAACAGAGUAUUCAAUGUUCGCGGGGAACUACAGAGUAAUCUCAAUCCACCCAGAACACAAUGUGAUAUUUAUUGUAUGUGAGCAGUUGUACAUGCUGAGUGGCCCAUCACUGACGAAACUAAUGUCAUAUGAAAUGGAUUCCAGGGAGCUGCGUUUUAUAUGUGAUCUUGAAUGGGGUUGCAGGACUCCUUAUCUUCCUUAUGUUCCCUUGCUCUCGGAGCCAUUGGCAGAUGGGCAAUAGAAGUCUUCAAUUAAUUGUGUGGUGUCAAGUUUUGUAUCUCUUUUUGUUUCGAAACGGAACAUGUUUAUCGUUUUUUUGAUCUUGCGUAGACCUUU